UUCCAGCGUUUUGCUUGUCAUGCUGACGGGUGAGAUGCCUUUCACACUGGCAGAAGACACUGAGCGGAUACCACCCCUUAUGUCAUCAAACAGGGACCGGCGAGUGGUUCUGCCCGGAGCUGGAGCUUUCCUUGCAGCUUGGGGACACCAGCACUACUGCAGCUCUGGGGUUUGGCUGUAGAUAAUUUUGGCCAUGGCUGUGGAACCCAGCAGCUCAGAAUCCACGAGGAGAGUUGGGAGGAGCAUGAAGAAAAUGAGCAACAUCUAUGAGUCGGCGGCCAACACGCUGGGCAUCUUCAGCAGCCCCUGCCUGACCAAGGUGGAGCUGCGUGUGGCGUGCAAAGGCAUUUCUGACAGGGACGCCCUGUCCAAGCCGGACCCCUGCGUCAUCCUCAAGAUGCAGUCCCACGGGCAGUGGCUCGAGGUGGACAGGACCGAGGUGAUCCGCACCUGCAUCAACCCUGUGUACUCCAAGCUGUUCACGGUGGACUUCUACUUCGAGGAGGUGCAGCGCCUGCGCUUUGAGGUGCACGACAUCAGCAGCAACCACAACGGGCUGAAGGAUGCCGACUUCCUGGGCAGCAUGGAGUGCACGCUUGGCCAGAUCGUGUCCCAGAGGAAGCUGUCCAAGUCCUUGCUGAAGCACGGGAACACGGCCGGGAAGUCGUCCAUCACGGUGAUCGCCGAGGAGCUGUCUGGCAACGACGACUACGUGGAGCUGGCGUUCAACGCGCGGAAACUGGACGACAAGGAUUUCUUCAGCAAAUCUGACCCGUUUCUGGAGAUUUUCCGUAUGAAUGAUGACGCGACCCAGCAGCUGGUGCACCGGACAGAGGUGGUGAUGAAUAACUUAAGCCCAGCCUGGAAGUCGUUCAAAGUCUCAGUCAACUCCCUAUGCAGUGGAGACCCGGACCGCCGGCUGAAGUGCAUCGUGUGGGACUGGGACUCCAACGGCAAGCACGACUUCAUCGGGGAGUUCACGUCCACCUUCAAGGAGAUGCGAGGGGCGCUGGAGGGGAAGCAGGUGCAGUGGGAGUGCGUCAACCCCAAGUACAAGGCCAAGAAAAAGAACUAUAAGAACUCCGGCCUGGUGAUCCUGAAUCUGUGCAAGGUCCACAAGAUGCACUCAUUCCUGGACUACAUCAUGGGCGGCUGCCAAAUCCAGUUCACAGUAGCCAUCGACUUCACGGCCUCCAACGGAGACCCCCGGAACAGCUGCUCCCUGCACUACAUCCACCCCUACCAGCCUAACGAGUACCUGAAGGCCCUGGUGGCCGUGGGCGAGAUCUGCCAGGACUACGACAGCGACAAAAUGUUCCCGGCCUUUGGGUUCGGCGCCAGGAUUCCUCCAGAGUACACGGUCUCGCACGACUUUGCGAUCAACUUUAAUGAAGACAACCCGGAGUGCGCAGGAAUCCAGGGGGUCGUGGAGGCCUACCAGAGCUGCCUUCCAAAGCUGCAGCUCUACGGCCCCACCAACAUCGCCCCCAUCAUCCAGAAGGUGGCCAAGUCGGCGUCGGAGGAGACCAACACCCAGGAGGCCUCGCAAUACUUCAUCCUGCUGAUCCUGACGGAUGGCGUCAUCACGGACAUGGCCGACACCCGGGAGGCCAUCGUCCACGCCUCGCACCUCCCCAUGUCGGUGAUCAUCGUGGGCGUGGGGAACGCCGACUUCAGCGACAUGCAGAUGCUGGACGGCGACGACGGCAUCCUGAGGUCACCCAAGGGAGAGCCCGUCCUCCGAGACAUCGUCCAGUUCGUGCCCUUCCGGAACUUCAAACACGCCUCUCCCGCUGCCCUGGCAAAGAGCGUGCUGGCCGAAGUCCCCAACCAAGUCGUGGACUAUUACAACGGCAAAGGGAUUAAGCCAAAGUGUUCGUCGGAGGUGUACGAGUCGUCCAGGACGCUGGCACCGUGACCCCCGCGCCUCCACGGGGCCUGAAACACCAUUCCUGCUAGUAUGUAACGUUGAGCACUCCCACGAUGCCUGUACUUCAAACCCACACAUACACAUUUCAAAAUAGCACGUUUUGGUGAUUUUUAACUAACUGGCCAUUUUUCUUGCAUGUGUAGCCCCGAGGCCUGGAUCUCAUAAGCCCUUGCCUUGUGAAAGAGACUUUUUACAAAGAAAUACAAAUAAUCAUAACUUACUAUUUACAUUACAGCAUGUCGCCCUGAAAUAAAAUGGUAUCUGUAUCUGUUUUUUAUACAGGUUUGUUGACAUUUUGCUAAAUUUCUUAUUAUCUUUACACUGUAAAGCAUUUUGAAACAUUUAUUGGACGUUGAUAGCCAAAACAUAUUCGGUUUUAUCUGCUACAGGGUGAGACACUUUUCAAAAUGGCAGAUGCAUGGACUGUAUUUUGCAUGUUUAAAACAACAACAAAAACGCCCUCAGUUUUUGCAGCUGUUACCUAUGAUUCCUCCCUGCUGAAAACGGUCUCUCUACUAAAGAGGGGAUCGGUCUGCCUCAGGUGGCCUUUUAGAAGCGGGCCAGGGGCACCCAGCCCUGCACCCAGCAGGCUUCACCAUGCACGCAGAUCACCCAGGCAUCUGGAUGCAGCAGCUGGUGGGGCCCAGGACUCCGCAUCUCUCACACGGCCCCAGGAGAGACUGAGGUAGCCCGGGGCUGCCCAAGAGACAGAGGGUGCCAGAAGGGACCACCAGAGCAGGGCGGCUCCCGGCUUCUUGAGGGCGGCGCUUCCUCCCCAGCAGUGGAAGGCCCUGCCGCCUCCGAGGCGAGAGCAGAAAGCUGUGAGCCUGACCCUAGGAGCAGCACACCUGGGUCAGUCUCGUUGCUUUGUAGUCACACCUCAUCCCACGAGGCGAGGGGUACUCCGCGCGGCCUGGCUGGCCUCGGUGAGGUGACCCGCCAGAGUCCUCACUGGAGCUAUGACAGUGGCCUGUGUGAGGCUCCCCCGAGGCCCGUCCACCAGGUGACCCCUGAGUGCUCCGUGAGACUCCUUUUAUCCUCCGCCCACCACUUCUGAGAGCAAGCCCUCCGAGCAGAAGUGCUGGGGCUGUUGCUUCGUUCCGGCGUAAGCUGGCCAGUCUUGAACCGAAAGAAUGAGUGUAUGACACUCGUCUAACCUCGCAGAAAAAUAAACAAGUGUCUUACAAGCACAAAAAGCACAAAAAGUGGAGCUUAUUUGGGGUCAGAGAGAUGAAGAAGUGAAUUACAAGGCAAAAUGCACUGAUGUGUCAUUUGUUUGAAGGAGAGCGGCAGUAACAAGCAAAUCAAUUGUCUUGUAUGAUCUCCCGAGUUAUAAUUAUACAGCCUAAUCUUGCAAAUACAUGUCAACUAAAUGCACAACAUUUUGGAAUGAUGGCAAAAAUAUAUGACUGGAAAAUAUCAUAAUAUUUAAACUGUAUCCAUUUUAUGAAUAAAUUGGGUACUUACAGAAUUUUUUCUAA